GUCCGUCGGAGGGGAUAAGAUCGUGAUGUCGUUGGGUCAGGGUUUCCUCGGUCGGGGGGACUUAAUUGGGCCUUAAGAGCGGACUUGAGUGAUUCAAUACGAAGUCGUCGAACUAUCGUAUUGUCUAUUGUCUUUGUGUGUCGGGCUAAUGUCGGCCGUACCUCGGGGCGCCUGUUAUCAAUGCAGAUUAAAUUACUGUCGAAUUAUCUCUCGCGGAGAUCCCCGUGAUUCACUCGUGUUUGAAGAUUAUUGAACACUCGAGUGUUUAUCGAUCGUCUACAAAUCACUUAUCCGUAAUUAUCAUCAAUUACGAUACGAUAUUUAACGUCACGUUCACGAUCCACCGAAGACGGUGUCAUAUGACAGUCGGGUGAAUGUUUGCGGAUAAAAUUUCACGUCCGGUGUUAAUGAACUGCCGUUACGACGAGCCAAAUGUCACACGAUUUUGGGGCAUACAAAUGCCAGUGACGAGUGUAGUCUGACGAAUGUCAUGAGACACUUCGGGUGCGGUAAAAGCUCGCGAUCGUCAAGAUUCUCGAUUUUUCGUAGUUCUUUACAAAGUUCCGUGUCAACCCAUCACUUCCCUGAAGAGAUACUCCCAUCACCGGUCCAUCAGAAGGGCCCAGUACCCGGGGAAGGGCCCAAAGGGCCCGAUCAUACGAAAGAACCAGCUGAUCGAUCACUGACGGGACCUUAAGCUCUUCCUAGCGAUCAUCGAGACGAAGGGCCGGUCGAUACCCUGACGCUGUCAUGAAUACUCCGAAGGGCCCAGCCGAGGCCCAGCCGAGGGUCUGGCCCCAGUGGGCCGCCGCAUUGAUAAUUCAUGUCCUCGCGGUUAUCGUCGGUCUGGCCAUAGGCUCGACGUCGCCCUUCUUAGCCAAGUUAACGAGGGGCGACGGGCCCAUAAUUAUCACGGAUCAUCAGGCCUCGUGGAUGGCGUCAUUAGUCAGUAUCACACGGCCCAUUGGCGCCGUCAUCGCUGCAAUCGUCGCUCGUAAAUUCGGAUCCAAAAUGGCGGUUCUCAUCGGCGGAAUUCCUCACGCCAUCGCCUGGUCGUGUUUGUUAAAAGACAAUUCAGUUGUCUGGAUCUAUGGAUCCAGGAUCAUGAGUGGAUUCGGCCUGGGAAUGUACUACAGUACUUUCCCUCUUUACAUCGGUGAGAUAUCGACACCCAGGAUCAGAGGUGCGCUGAUCAGUUUCGUUGUUCAGGGCCUGGCGAUUGGGACCCUAUUGGGAAAUGUCUUGGGGGCUUACGUUGACAUGACGACCUUCGCUGUCAUCAGCCUCAUCUUGACGGCCAUAUUCUUCUUCUCGUUUCUGUUCUUCCCGGACAGUCCGUAUUAUCUCGUCAGCAACGACAGGGUCGACGAGGCGGAGAAGGCCCUGAUGUGGUUCAGCUGCCGGAGGGACGUCAAGGACGCGGUGGAGGGGUUGAAGGGAUUCGUGGGCCUGCAGCCGGGCCUUACCUUCACGGAAUCGUUCAGGCAGCUGACGGUGCCGGUCAAUCGGAAGGUCGUCGUAAUCGUUCUGCUUGUCUACGUCCUGAUGCAGAUGGCCGGCCUCUUCACCAUCGCCCUUUACAUGGAAAUCCUUCUUAUCAGUCUCAAGGUCGACGUUCUUCCGCCAUCUUUGGUGGUGGUACUCGCUGGAGUCGUCGCGAUGGUGGCCAGUUUGUUGUCGAUGUACACGAGCGAUCGAUUCGGCCGGAGGGUUAUGCUCGUCACUUCCUGCGUCGGGGUGACGACGACGUUGUUCCUGUUGGGGGUGAACUGUCUGCUGAUUAGGGGUGGGGAUAAUGAUCCUAAUUUGCAGUGGGUGAGUAUUAUCGCGAUGAUAUUGUAUCAGUUCUCGGUGUAUAUUGGAAUGCUGCCCGUUUCCAAUUGCCUCAUGGGGGAGCUUUUUCCGCCCCAGCUCAGGGAGAUUGGGCCUUGUCUGGCGAAUGUUACGUCAGGGGCCUUUGCGUUUAUUAUGAGCAAGAGCUAUCAGCCGAUACUCAACUCGACGUCUGAAGAAUUUGUGUUCUGGUUUCAUGCGGUUUUCGCGUUUGUUAUGAUUAUUUUUACGGUGAGAGUCGUGCCGGAGACGAAGGGUAAGUCCCUUCGGGAAAUUCAGGAGUUGAUGCGCGAUGGCGGAUCGACUGAUGCGAUUGUGUUCAAGACGAAGAUGGAAGUUGUUGAGGCGAUGGUGGAGGUUGACGGGGCCCGAGGGGCCCUGUCGGGGCCUGAUGGGGCCCUGGCCCUGGCCCCGACGAGAAGACAUCCAGGUUUAAGGCCCAGUGGCUUGCUGCAGCGACACGUAAGUCCUUGGGCCCUAGACUAUCGUAGAAUUCCGCGGUUGAUUGUUCGUUUUGUAGUUCAUCUACUCGCCGUCCUCGACGGACUCGUCGGCGGGUGGACGUCGCCUUAUUUAGCGAAGUUGACGACCGGAAGGGAAUCGUUGACCAUCACCAGGGAUGAGGCGUCCUGGAUCGCAUCGUUGUACCUCGCGUCACAGCCCGUUGGGUCCAUCUUUGCUGCGGUGAUCGUGCGGAAGGUCGGCGCUAGGAAGGCCGUACUCUGGGCUGGAGUUCCUCAUGCCGUCGGGUGGUUGUGCUUCCUGGUUUAUGAAUCCGUUCCGCUGAUCUAUCUGGCGAGGAUUCUGAAUGGAUCUGGGUUUGGGAUGUACUAUAGUACGUUUCCACUUUAUAUCGGGGAGAUUGGAAACCCGAAGAUCAGGGGAAGUCUCGUUGGUGUCGUCGCUCAGGGAACGGGGAUCGGAUAUCUGAUUGGAAAUGUCUUGGGAGCGUUUCUCACGAUGAAGAUGUUCGCGGUUGUUGGGUUCACGAUGUCAUGUGUGUUCAUGUUGUCGUUCUUCCUCAUUCCGGAUAGCUCGCAUUACCUGGUGAUGAGGAACCGGCUGAAGGAGGCGGAGGAGUCGUUGAGGUGGUACAAUUGUAAGACAGAUGUCAGCGAGGAACUUCAGGACUUGAUGGCGUUCAUCGGGGAACCGAGGCGGAUGACAAUCAGAGAGAUGUGUCAGGCGGUCUUGGGACCGGUCAACAGGAGAAUUGUCAUGAUUGUCAUUGGGGUUCAUGUGAUGAUGCAUCUCAGUGGGGUUUAUGUUGUCUCGAUGUAUCUGGAGAUCCUGGUGAGCCGCCUCAAGAUCGAUGUCAUGCUGCCAUCGUCGGUUGUCAUUCUGGUGUCAAUCGCUGCCAUUGCCGGUGGGCUUGCCACGACUUAUACGAAUGAUCGUGUUGGAAGGCAGACGAUGAUGGCAGUUGCGGCUUUUGGACUGUCUGCCAUCUUCAUUUUGAUCGGCGUCAACUUUCUCCUGGUCAAAUGUGGAUAUGACAUGUCGGCGGUUCAAUGGCUGAUUGUUAUUGAAUUUAUGGUACUGUUGUUUCUCGUGAAUGUGGGACUUGCUAUCGUUCCUUGUUGUUUGGUGAGCGAAAUAUUCCCACCGGAAAUCAAGGAAUUUGGGUCUUGUAUUGUUAAUGUCACGAGUGCGAUCGCAGCUUUUACAUCGGGGAAAAGCUAUCAGCCGAUACUGGAUGCGACGUCUGAGGAGUUUAUGUUCUUUUUUUAUGCUUCGAUUUUAUUCGGAAUGUUUAUUUAUACGAUUGUCGUUGUUCCGGAGACGAAAGGAAAGUCGCUUCAAGAGAUUCAGGACAUGUUGAUGAGGAGAGAUCAAGGGAAAGUGAAGGUGGGGAAUUGAUGGGUAGAAAUGUAUUGUAUAAACUGGUUUUUGUGAUUGUAAUUGUUGUUAGUUAAUAAUAAUUGGAAUUUUGGGACUUAUUGUUUGUCUUUGUGCGUUGUCCUUCGUCAUGAAGUCUCGGUAUCGGUGGGGUCAGCUUUUCUGGAGGUUUUGGGGACCUGAUGAGGUUCUAAAGGGGCCUUGGGGACCUUGUCAGGUCCUCCAGGGGCCUUAGGGGCCUUCUGGACUUCUCCAGGGGGCCUUAGGGACCUUCUGGGCUUCUCCAGGGGGCCUUAGGAACCCCGUCAGCUUCUCCAGGGGGCCUUAGGGACCUUCUCAGCUUCUCCAGGGAGCCUUAAGGACCUUCUCAGCUUCUCCAAGGGCCUUAGGGACCUUCUGAGCUUCUCCAGGGACCACCAGGGACCUCGUCAGCUUCUCCAGGAGUCUUUGAAGACCUCGUCAGGGUCUCCAGGGGCCUUAGGGACCUUGUGAGCUUCUCCAGGGACCACCAGGGACCUCGUCAGCUUCUCCAGGAGUCUCUGAAAACCUCGUCAGGUUCUCCAAGGGCCUUAGGGACCUCAUCAGCUUCUCCAGGAGUCUUCCAGGACCUCGUCAGGGUCUCCAGGAACCUUUAGAACCUCGUCAGAUCCUCCAGGUAAUUCUAUCCUCGUCCCUCAUAUCAAUAAAAAUUAAUUUCGAAUCAUUCCCUCAUGGGAAGGGGCCCCGGGCUCCAGGAACGCGCUGGAGUCGACCUGGAAAUUUUCCCCGAGAGGGAAUUCCCGAAACAAUAACCUUGAAUGCGUUUUCAUGAUCACGAACUGAGAUUUAGGAUCAUGAUAACGUUUUAUUCGAUAUCAGUGUUCAUUCUCUGGGUGAGUUAUCUACAAAUACAUUUAUAAACACUCGUAGAUGUACGCAAACACAGAUCUACCGCGUGUUCGGUGGAAAUAGUUUAUUGCAGUUGCCGCGAAAACAGAAUUCGACGAAUGGAAUUUUUCCGUGAAGAAUGUACAUAAUUCAUCGGUUUUCAGGAACCGGAUAAUCAGGAAAGAUUAUUCAUUCGAGGUCACAUCAGGUGGGAAACGAUUGGAAAAAGAUUGAAAAAUUUAUUUGUGAAAUAGUAUCGCGAUAAUGAAUGCGUAUGAUCAACCGGUUUCAGCUUUCAGUGAAAUGUUUAUCGAUAGUUAUUUAUGCUUUUUGUUUGCCGGUCGUACAAGGCUGCCUCGCAACAUUCUAUUGCACGUAAUACUGUCAGGGUCGUUGAGUAAUACGUCUAGUGCCAUCACGAAGCAGCUGGCUACCGCGUGAAUUCUGUUGACUGGCGAUAUCGGCAGCGUUUACGGUCCCCGUGUGACGGAUAUUAAACAAUUUAGGCGUUAUAAACAUUUAAUUAUCGAUAUCUGCUGUGAUAUGCGAUUUUUUGCGAUUUUCAGUAUCGUUAGUCUCAGCGGAUUAAUUGAGAUAUGAAACCGAGAUAAAAGACUACUUUUCCUUUCCUCGAAGACGAGUGAAUAAAUCGACGACAGUCAACAGUUUUUUGUCGAGUAAUACCAGGUUUUCUCG